AUGCGGUUGGGUCAUGUGGUGAGGAAAUAUUUGGGACAACCUAGACUUGUGCUGCCAAAAAUUGCGGAUGUUCCGGGCUAUACACAACCUAGGCCCGCGGAAGACGACACCAUAGUGGUGUCCAUGUCAAGCGGUGUGGACUCCUCGGUGACGGCAGCAUUGUAUGCUCAGCGAUACAAAAAUGUUCAUGGGAUUUUCAUGGCCAACUGGACAUCUGAGAAUGAUAAGAGUUGCACAGAGGGCGAUUGGCGAGAGGUCCAGCAUCUGUGUAAGCAAAUUGGUAUACCAUGCUCGAGAGUUAGCUUCGAGCACGAGUACUGGGCGGACGUGUUCAUUCCAAUGAUCGAUAUGUACCGGGCAGGUCUGACGCCGAAUCCGGACGUGGGAUGUAACAAGUAUGUCAAAUUUGGGAAGAUGGUGGAGCAUCUCCAUGACUCGUUUGGAGACCAAGGUAAGAACUGGUGGUUAGCCACUGGCCAUUAUGCUCGUAUGAUGCAACACGACGAAUCGGGCCAACUGCACUUGAUGCGAGGGACUCAGACUGAAAAGGACCAGAGUCAUUACCUUUCCACAAUCCCGCAUAAUGCUAUGAGCCGAUUGUUGUUUCCAUUGGGUCAUUUUAGCAAGCCGCAGGUCCGACAAAUGGCCUCGCAGAUGGGCCUGAUAUCGUCUUCGAAACCCGAUAGUCAAGGCCUUUGUUUUGUCUCACAUACCGGAAACAACUUUCGAGACUUUCUUGAUAGCUAUAUUCCCGAAAAUCCUGGAGACAUAAUUACUGAAGACGGUCUGGUGGUUGGCAAACAUAAAGGUCUUUGGCACGCUACAAUUGGUCAAAAAUCUGGGGUAUCCAUGCCUCAGGGAGAUCCUAAAACCAAGGGUGUUUGGUUCGUUAGCGAGAAGAGGCCAGAAACAAACGAGCUGGUUAUUGUCAGGGGAGGGAAUAAUCCGUCUUUGUUCAAAAACGGGCUUGUCGUCCAGGAUUGGUACUGGCUUUCUCCAGAUCUUGGAACGAGUCUUCCACCUCUAGACGAGCUCACCGUCCAAUUCCGAUCCCUCCAGUCUCCAAUCCCGCUAUUAUCGCUCUUCGCAAAAGACUCGGAGCUGAAGUUCUUACUUGCCAGGCCGUACAAGGGCAUUGCUCCGGGUCAAACUCUGGUGCUGUAUCAUGGUGAGCGGGUUCUGGGUUCUGGAGUAAUAACGAGCACUUUUGAUGAAGAUUAA